CACGCGGAAGGGUGCUGCUGCCGGGACCCGGGCGGGCUGAGGGGUCCCAGGGGCCACCUUCACCUCGUAUCUCGGAAGAAGGAGCGUGAAGCUCAGGACAUGGACCUCGCGGUCCUGUGGCUGGGGCUUCUUCUGCCGGUCGUGACCGCCCUGGAUUUCCGAUACCACCACCAGGAAGAGAUGGAGGCGUUCCUAAAGAGCGUUGCCCAGAACUACAGUUCGAUCACGCACUUGCACAGCAUCGGGAAAUCUGUGAAAGGUAGAAACCUGUGGGUUCUCGUUGUGGGGCAGUCUCCAAAGGAACACAGAGUUGGCAUUCCAGAAUUCAAAUACGUGGCUAAUAUGCAUGGGGAUGAGACUGUGGGGCGGGAAUUGCUGCUCCACCUGAUUGACUACCUGGUGAGGAGUCACGGGAACGAUGCCGACAUCACACGUCUGAUCAACAGCACUCGGAUCCACAUCAUGCCUUCCAUGAACCCAGAUGGAUUUGAAGCCGUCAAGAAGCCCGACUGUUACUACAGCAAUGGGAGGGAAAAUUUCAACAAUUAUGACCUAAACAGAAACUUCCCUGAUGCCUUUGAAAGUAAUAACGUGUCAAAGCAGCCGGAGACACUGGCAGUCAUGAAGUGGCUGAAAACUGAGACGUUUGUCCUCUCUGCGAAUCUCCAUGGGGGUGCCCUGGUGGCCAGUUACCCCUUCGAUAACGGCGUGCAAGCUACGGGGACGCUGUUGUCCCGAAGUCUAACUCCAGAUGAUGACGUUUUUCAACACCUCGCAUACACCUAUGCUUCCCGGAAUCCCAAUAUGACGAAGGGAGACCAGUGUAAGAACAAGCGGCACUUCCCCAACGGUAUCACUAACGGGUACUCCUGGUACCCGCUGCAAGGUGGAAUGCAAGAUUACAACUACAUCUGGGCCCAGUGUUUUGAAAUCACGUUGGAGCUGUCGUGCUGCAAAUACCCUCGAGAAGAGAAGCUGCCGCUGUUCUGGAAUGAUAACAGAGCCUCUUUGAUUGAAUAUAUAAGACAGGUGCACCUAGGUAUAAAGGGUCAAGUGUUUGAUCAGAGUAGAAAUCCAUUGCCGAAUGUAAUCGUGGAAGUCCAAGACAGGAAACACAUCUGCCCGUUUCGAACCAACAAACUUGGAGAAUACUACCUGCUUCUCUUGCCGGGGUCCUACGUCAUCAACGUGACAGUCCCUGGACAUGACCCACACCUCACAAAGCUGACUAUUCCAAGGAAAUCCCAGACCUUCAGCGCUCUUAAACAGGAUUUUCACCUCCCGUUGCGAGGGCGUCUGGAUUCCAUCCUCGUAUCAGAGCCUUCAUGCCCGACGAUUCCUCUGUACAAACUAAGGCCAAACCGCUCGGCGGCAACAAAGCCUAGUUUGUUCCUAUUCUUCGUGAUUCUUUGGAACAUAUUUUUCAAAUAAAGUAAACUGUGAAACUCAAGCCCCAUCACCGCCUAGAAUCAGGGAUUGGUUACUCCAGGUUAGGGCAACUGUCCCUCUUGUGAGACCGCAGUGGGAUAAACUCCACUGUUUUCCCCAAGAGGAAGAAAACUGGGUGUUUCCAAGCUCAGCGGUGACAAAGGUGAUCUUCAGUCUGGACAAAUGGUGGCCGCUGCCUCGCAAGAGCCGCCCACAUACACGCCAUCCAGACGUAGUCCCGGAAAUCUGUAAGAAACUUGAGAGGCAAAACAGACGUCCCUAGAAGGAAAAAAAAAAGUUAAUUUUUGUACACAGAAACCCAAAUGGAUGGACACUUCCUGGUUACCCACGAUGUACGACCUUCCCAUGGUGCCAUUUGUAAAGACCUGGUACUACGCAUAAGCGGUUCUUCCCAAAGGAAGAAAUUUCUAGAUAACAGAACUAAGGACGUCUACUCUUCCGGUGUUCUAAGGGGAAAAGAGAGGAAAUAUGUGUACGGAGCGGAACACAUGGGGUGGCCUCUGUCUCCCAUGCCAGUGUCCUUGCCCUCCCUGCACCCGGUGCCGCAGUCCUGUUAAGAUGACGCCCCAUAUGCCAUCCUAGUCUUUAGCCUGAGUCCCAGAUGCGUGCCAGGCUGCUCACUAGACACAGCGCCUGGGUAUGGCCCGUGUGAACCUCACCUCAUCACUGAAGGCUGCUGUUUGGAUCCAUCCCAUCCUCUUCCUCACUGCUGGCCCAGCUCCACGGUCUCCUGCUCCUGGGUAUCUCUUUACCAGGUCCAUCUUCCACACAGCACUGGAGGAGGGGCCACAUCUUGUUUCCCACUCAGUAAAAGCGCAUUCCACGCAACAUCACCUGGAAGCCUUGCCAUUCCUAGCCCGCGUAGCUCCAGGCCUCCGGACCCUUCGAACGCACUGGUUGUCUUAUCGCUUUACAGCAGCCGUCUGCUUCAUGCUGGCCUUCUCUAGGACAUGAGCUCUCUGAAGCCAGGAUCUGCUUGUUGGGAAAGUCCGCUCCUGUAUCCUCAGAGUCUAGCACAAAAUAGGAAAUAAAUGGUUGGGGGAGGUGUUUCAGCCACCUGCUACAGCCCUUACCAGAACUGUAGGGAUUUGAGCAGUUUUAUGAAAUUAAGUUUUAUAUUUCGCAACAUCCAGCUCACUUAUGUGUACACACACAUGCAAACACACACAGAGGGAGAGAAAGAGAGAGAGACUUUUCAUGGAUACAUCAAGAAAAACAUUCCAGAGAUACGGGCAUAAGUGCGUAAGUCUGCUGAGAGGACGAUUGCUCGCUGUUAGCCGCACUGCACACUGCCUUCUAGACCAGAAAGAAAAAUUCAUACAAUCAGUUUGAAGUAGAAAUACCACCUAUGGAAGUAAAUUUAUGCUAACUCAUUGCAAGAAUUAAGAGAUCCCAGCACUCAGGAUCAGGAGACAGAGGCAGGGGGAUCUCUGAAUUCUAGGCCAGCAGGGCUACACAGCAAGAGACACUGUCUCGAAAAUAGAUAAGUAGAUGAAUAAGGAUAAAGCUCAAACGGAAAAACCAAGCAGCAGCUCUGGUGCGCGGGUUCCUGGAUGCUGUGCGUUUCCCAUGGCGAUUGCAUCACCUGGUGAGACCUUGUGGGGCUUGGCACAUGGUGAAGGCUUGAGAUCUAACAGACUGAAGAGACACACGGGCAUCUUGAUGCCGUUUCUUGGUGCCAAACUUAUUCUAUAUUUUAAUAUCAAUAGUAUUUGUAGUUUUUAAUCACUUCAAAAUUUGAAAAUAGCGUGAAUAUCUGGAAAGCAUAUAUUAAUAGUUCAGGAAGUGGUUUGGUAUAGCACAUUUAAAGUAGAGAAGACUAAGCCAGGUGUGGUAGCUGAUGCCUGUAAUCCCAGCUCUUGGGAGGAAAGUCAAGACAAGCCUGGACUAUAAGUGAGACCCAUCUUAGAAAGACAAAAACAAUUAAAUUUGUAAGCGCAGACUUGGUUUGCAAUCGGGUUGGGGUGGUUCGAAAUGCAGACACCCUUUCCCUGGGAAGUUUUUAAAGGAAAUGAGCUGUUUUCUGAAAACCUGUUACCAAAAUAACUUGCACGCAGAUGUGUCUUACUGGAGACUGACUGGCCCAGGGCUUGGCGCACACGGGGAAAGUGAUCUGAGCCACAGCUACUUUUUUGUUCUGUUACUUUCCGUUUUGACACAGGGUCUCAUUAAAUUGUGUAGGCUGGACUUGGAACUCAUUGUAAUCCAAGUUGGCAUUGAAUUCAGCCUGACUGCCUCAGCCUCUGGGGCAGCUAUUAUGGUCUGGACCACUAUGUCUUUCUUAAGAUAAUAUUAUUUAAAUCAGAAAUCUGUAUCAAAACCCAACAGAGCCGGGCGGUGGUGGCGCACGCCUUUAAUCCCAGCACUCGGGAGGCAGAGGCAGGCGGAUCUCUGUGAGUUCGAGGUCAGCCUGGUCUACAAGAGCUAGUUCCAGAACAGGCACCAAAGCU